CGGACUCGGUGCGUGCGGGGGGCGGAGCGCGUUGCUCUCCGGCAGCAGCAGGGGCCGGUGCUGCCCGGUUGGGGGCUCCGCGCUCCCAGAGCUCAGUGUGCGCGCGGCGCCGUCCCUGUUGCCAGGUCUGUGCUGCGGGGUAGCGGCGCUCUUGCCGGGAGGAGGCGGCGGCGGACUUCGGCGCCGCUCAGAGGCAGCCCGGGGGAGCGGAGCAGCUGGGGUGCAGCAGGGUUGGUCCCGCAGCGCUGCCCUUCGCUCCUCUACUCGGCAAUAACUAGUCGGGGGGAGGAGCCCGCUCCGCUCCCGGAAACUCUCGGCGUCUCUUGGGAAGGCGGCGGCGGCGCAGGGGGCUGAGUGCAGCUGGAGCGGGGUAACUUCGGGGACUUGGGACUGUCGCGUGAGGACACCCGCUGCCGCUUCCCGAACAGCCCGGCCGGAGGAAACUUUUCCCUGUGAGCCGGGGCAGGCAGCGGGCCCGGCGGAGCCAGCGAGCGCCCCCAGAAGUUGAGCGAGCGCUGUCAGAGCCCCGGCCGGGUGAGCGCGCUGCGGGCUGGGAGCGGCGGGGCCCCGCUGCCCGCGGACAUGAAGCUGAGCAGGCAGUUCACGGUGUUCGGCAGCGCGAUCUUCUGCGUCGUGAUCUUCUCCCUCUACCUGAUGCUGGACAGGGGCCACUUCGACCAUCCCAAAAGCCCCCGCCGGGAGGGCACCUUCCCCAAGGGCCAGCUUUCAAUAUUACAAGAGAAAAUAGACCACUUAGAACGUUUGUUGGCAGAAAAUAAUGAGAUUAUUUCCAACAUAAGAGAUUCUGUGAUCAAUCUGAGUGAAUCUGUGAAGGAUGGUCAAAGAAACCCAGAGGCCAUAAAUUUCAGUCAAGGAUCUUUUUCUGAGCUUCUGCCAUCUGCUCUAGUAUCCCUCACAAUUGAUCCUGAGGAUUGCUCAUUUGCUUCAAAAAGUGGAAGUCAAGAUUCAAGUGUACAGAUGUUGGAUGUCUAUGAUAUUCUUCCUUUCGAUAAUCCAGAUGGUGGAGUUUGGAAACAAGGAUUUGAUAUCACGUACAAUGAAAAUGAAUGGGAUGAUGAACCUCUUCAAGUGUUUGUUGUGCCUCACUCACAUAAUGAUCCAGGUUGGUUGAAGACUUUUGAUGACUACUUCAGAGAUCAGACACAACAUAUUCUAAACAACAUGGUGGUAAAACUGCAAGAAGACAACAAGAGGAAGUUCAUGUGGUCUGAAAUCUCUUACUUUUCAAAGUGGUGGGAUGGAAUAGAUAGCCAAAAAAAGGAUGCUGUUAAAAGAUUAAUAGAAGAUGGCCAGUUUGAAAUAGUAACAGGAGGAUGGGUCAUGCCUGAUGAAGCUUCUCCUCAUUACUUUGCUUUAAUUGACCAGCUGAUAGAAGGACAUCAGUGGCUGGAGAAGACUCUAGGAGUAAAACCGAAGUCUGGUUGGGCCAUCGAUCCCUUUGGGCAUUCGCCAACAAUGACUUACCUUCUGAAACGCUCAGGAUUUUCCAACAUGCUUAUACAGAGAGUUCAUUACUCGGUUAAAAAAUAUUUUGCAACCCAGAAGACACUAGAAUUUUUUUGGAGACAGAACUGGGAUUUGGGAUCCAGUACAGAUAUCCUUUGCCACAUGAUGCCUUUCUACAGCUAUGACGUUCCUCAUACUUGUGGUCCAGAUCCUAAAAUCUGUUGCCAGUUUGAUUUUAAGCGUCUUCCUGGAGGAAGAGUAAGUUGUCCCUGGAGAGUUCCUCCUGAGGCCAUUCAUACUGGGAAUGUUCAGCACAGGGCUUGGAUGAUUUUAGAUCAGUACAGAAAGAAGUCAAAGCUUUUCCGUACUAAAGUUCUGUUGGCUCCAUUAGGGGAUGAUUUCCGCUACAGUGAGAGCUCAGAAUGGGAUCAGCAGUACCAGAAUUAUCAAAAGCUUUUUGAUUUUAUGAACUCUCAUCCUGAGUUACAUGUUAAGGCCCAGUUUGGGACUUUAUCAGAUUAUUUUGAGGCUCUGCGCAAAGCAGGUAAUUUGGAGGAAAAGAACAGCAAUUCAGUUUUUCCUGUUCUGAGUGGAGAUUUCUUCACAUAUGCAGACAGAGAUAAUCAUUAUUGGAGUGGAUACUUUACAUCACGACCCUUCUACAAAAGACUAGAUAGAGUUCUGGAAUCCUAUUUAAGAACUGCUGAGAUCCUUUAUUCUUUGGCACUAGUAGAGUCUAAAAAAUCUGACAAGAUGAAUGCAUUUCCUUCAGUGGACCAUUAUAAAUUGCUGACUGAGGCUAGGAGGAACCUAGGACUCUUUCAGCACCAUGAUGCCAUCACAGGAACAUCUAAAGAUUGGGUAGCUGUGGAUUAUGGAACUAGGCUUUUCCACUCAUUAAUGAAUUUGAAGAGAGUGAUCAUUGACUCUGCUCAUAUUCUUAUCCUAAAAGACAAAGAUACCUACAGCUACAACCCAUCAGCUCCGUUCCUUAAGAUGGAUGAUGAUCAAUCCUCACAAGAUUCUCUGCCACGCAAGACAGUUAUAAAGCUGAGUAUACAGCCAAGGUACCUUUUGGUUUAUAAUCCUACAGAACAGGAGCGGUUCUCUGUGGUUUCAAUCUAUGUGAAUUCACCCAAAGUUAAAGUAUUAUCUCCUUCGGGGAAACCUGUUAUGGUCCAGAUUAGUGGAGUAUGGGAUGGAACAACUACAGUAUCACAUGAAGCAUAUCAGAUCUCUUUUAUGGUGCACCUACCGCCUUUAGGUCUGGGAGUUUAUCAGCUUUUGGAGGUUCUGAGUUCAGAAAUGGUCUUGGCUGAUUAUAAUAUAUAUACUAGUGGAGGAAAUAAUGUGCAGGUGAACCCAGAUAAGGUUUUCAAGAUCAAGGAGAUGCAAAAUUCUGCAGAUGACAUUACUUUAGAGAACUCCUACAUGAAACUAUGGUUUUCUGGGAUCUCAGGGCUUCUGAAGAAAAUUAACACAAAAGAAGAUGGCAAAAAUCAUCAAAUAAAAGUGGAAUUUGCUUGGUAUGGAACCACAAGUAACAGAGAUAAGAGCGGGGCUUAUCUCUUCUUACCAGAUGGAGAGGCCAAGCCUUAUGUUUUCACGGAUCCACCUACCAUAAGAGUUACUCAUGGAAGGAUUUUCUCAGAAGUUACUUGUUUUUUCCAUCAUUUGACACACACAGUGCGACUCUACAAAGUUCAGGGAUUGGAAGGUGAGUCUCUUGAGCUGUCCAAUAUUGUGGACAUUAGAGGAGAAUACAAUCGUGAGAUUGCAAUGAGAAUUUCAUCUGACGUAAACAGCCAAAACAGGUUUUACACUGACCUUAAUGGAUAUCAGAUUCAGCCCAGAGUGGCAAUGAACAAAUUGCCUCUUCAAGCAAAUAUCUAUCCAAUGACUACAAUGGCUUAUAUCCAGGAUGAUGGCAUUCGUUUGACUCUACAUUCUGCUCAGUCUCUAGGUGUUACAAGCUUGAAAAGUGGACAGUUAGAAGUCAUUAUGGACCGUCGACUUAUGCAGGAUGACAACCGUGGCCUUGGACAGGGUCUCCAAGAUAACAAGAUCACAGCUAAUCUGUUCCGACUUCUGCUGGAGAGAAGAAAUGAAGUAGAUGAGAAAGAAGAAAAGUCAUCAGUCAGUUUCCCCUCUCUUCUGAGCCAUAUAACUUCUUCUUUCAUAAAUCAUCCUGUAAUUCCAAUGACUACAUAUGCAGAAUCUGGUGUCCCACAGAUUUUGAAUGCCUUUUCUCCACUCACUUCAUCCAUGCCUUGUGACAUGCAUGUGGUCAAUCUAAGGACAAUACAAUCAAAGGCAGAUUCUGGGCCAUCUGAUGAAGCAGCCUUGAUCCUUCACAGAAAAGGAUUUGACUGUAAAUUUUCAAACAAAGACACAGGGCUAUUAUGCUCUACUACUCAGGGAAAGAUAAAGGUGCACAAACUCUUUAAUAAGCUAAUCGUUGAAAGUCUUAUACCUACAUCUUUAUCUUUGAUGCAUUCGCCUCCAGAUGCCAGAAAUAUUAGUGAGAUCAAUAUGAGUUCUAUGGAGAUAAAUACGUUCCGGAUUCGACUGAGAUGAAACCUGGCUUUAAUAUUCAUAUAGUGAAGAGGAAUCUGCAGUUAUAUUUCCUCUAAGUUUGACGUGCAAUAAAGAAGCACAUUGUUAUUCCAGCUUCUGGAUACUGUGAGAAAACAUGCAUUCUAUAAUUAUUUUUUUGACCAACACAGUGAAUAGCCAUGUUGCAAACAACUUUUUUGUUUUUACAUAAAAUACCAACAUCAGUAUAAGUUAACGCAACACAUGAAGAAAUUUCUAAGGAUGUUAACCUCUCGACAAUAAAUUGAAUCUCAGGUUAAAUGAUAAUUAAUGGUUUCUGGGGUUUUUUGUUUUUGAAGGGAGAGGGAGUGGGAUUAAAUGACUUGUUUUGCUGAGCCUUGAUUAAUUUAUAUACAAAUAAUUGCAAUGUUGAAAUCCCUAAUAAAGCUUGGAACUUAAAUGGAAUAAAAAGCUCUUGUGUAAUAGCUAAUGUCCAAAUAUUUGAAAUCAUUUAUAUAAGUGACAGUAAUCUCAGUUUAUUCCAUACUGAAUUUCAAUUUAUUCUAUGGGAUGGAGAUUUGAAUUCUUUGGUAAAGUGAAAGACCGGAGACUUUGUCUUGUAAGUGAUGGUAGUUUUUAACUUUUUUUUGCCCUACCAUCACUUUGUGAAUUUCAUAGCUUAAGAAAAGAGAGAUUUUUCAAAUUAAUCCUGCAAUGGAAAAUUAUAGAAAUAUUUAAUAAAAGUCCCAUUUCGUUACUUGACACAUUGGGAUAUGUGCAAUUAUUCCAUUAUCAUAUACAAUAAAAAAGUAAAUCUGUAAUAAUCAUGAAUACAAGAUUUUUUACAAAACUCAUUUGGAUACUGAUGUUCUCUGAAAUGGGUUUUCUAUAUCAAGAUUACCAUAUCAAGAUAAAUGUGCCUUAUUUUUUAAUGUGUCCCGUUACUAUUUUACUGUCCACAUCACUGUUUUGGGGGAAAGGGUAGUUUAUAUAAUACUUAAACUGUGUCUCUUCUAUUUGACCAUGCUGGCCACACUCUGAUCUAUGUCCUCAGGCACCAAAUUUGUGCUGUGUUGUUCUGAACAUUUUGACUAUUUGAAUGUACUGAAACAAUGUCAUAAAACAAAAUAUUGGAAGAAUAAGGAAUAUUGUAAUAUUCAAAUUCAGCCACUGUCAAGGAAACUGCAACUUGAUGCAGAGAAUUGAUAGUAUAUAAGACAUAGUUUGCAAAACCCAUCAUACAAUGUAUUUGCAUUUCACAGAUUGUAGUAAACUGUACAUUAAGAAUCACGUGCCUAUAUUUUAAAAAUGCCACUCUUCAAACCUAAUAAUCAUGCUUACAUAUGUUGUCAAUGUUUACCUUAUUGAGGAAUAGCAUCUUACUCCUCUCACUUCAUUUUCACCAUAUCAAGUAUUUUGCAUUGAGUGCUGAAGCCAUGUGAGUAUGAAAAUUCUAUUUCCCUGAAUACAGCUACUGUUUACAAUUAAAAUAUACUAAUUUGUGUCUGAGUAUUAUUCCCUUUACUGAUCUUCCUUAAUCUUUGUACUUCUGACUUCAUUUUGCUUAGGCUUUAUUUAUGCAUUCAUCAGUGAUUUUCUUUAAUAUUAACAGAUGAUAAAUCCUCUUAACUGAAAAAGACGUACUGUCUGCUAACUCUAAAAUUGACUGCUGUACUAUUUUAAUUAGGUAAUUUUGGUGCUGUGGUAUAUCAAUUUCUAUCUUGUAGCCAUACAUCCAAGUUCAAACAUAAAAUUAAAUUACCUACCUUUUUUUUUUUUUUUUGUAUGUACUGUCAUGGUUUGGAUCUCUCUUUAUCAUGAUUGCAUAAUUCAUAAUUUAGUUCAAUCUGCUAAAUAUUUUGUACUUAAGAGUAGAAUAUUUAGCAGAAUCUGGUGUGAAUUAUGUCAAGGAUAUAUUGACCACUAACCAUUUAUGAAAAGUGAGAAUUAUAUUUGAGAGUAUGUAGAACAGUACAUUGAUGUUUUCAUGCAAUAAACAUGUACUGUAAGUUUUCUUCGUUACAGUAUUUUAAUUUUUCUCCCUUUUUAGUUGAAAUUUACAGUCUUUAGGCUUACCAGCGGAAAAUUGUGGUAACAUUUUCUAUUUUUGUUGAAUAUGUAGAUGAGAAAUCUUCAGAGCACUCUGUGCAUUCUGUGCAAAGAGGAUAUUCAAAAUAAUAUCUUAAAUUCUGUUAAGCAGAAAAUUUAAAAUUUUGAUGCAAUAAAUUUUAAAGUAUUCUUGCCUGUUGGACUUGUUUCCAAAGGAUCUGUUUCAAUAUAAUUAAACAAUGUAUUGUAUCAGUUUUUCAUUUGUUACCAGCUGUACAAUUAUAAUGCCUGAAUACUCCUUAACCAGCAGACUUCUGCUUUGUUCUAGUAAUUUAAAUUUUUUUAUCAGAGGGAAAAACUUAAAUGCAUUCUGUUUAAGUUAUAAGUUAUGGUAAAUUAUGACUUUGAGUCAAUUUGGGGCCCAAUGUUGAACUCCUAAUCUCAGUCAAAACUUCCACCAAAGUCAGCAAACAGAGAUUUUGCCUGGGUGAUCAAUUCAAGAUUGGGCUCUUGCUCUUUUUCCAUGCCUCCUGUGAAUGGUUACCCAAUACUUUAAUUGUAUUAUUGCAGUUUUGGUGACAUUUUUGGUUUUCUGUGCAUUCACUAUAUAUACACCAAUUAAUCAUGUUCUUUUACAUUUUUUCUAAUUUUCAUAGCUGCACUGGUGGUUAAGAGAUCCAAGCAUCCUUAUUUUCCACAAAUAUGGAUUUAAAGAAAAUGCUGUUCAAGAUAUGGUUUCAAACAUUGUACUUAUUUUCCAGACCAGAGUUGUACCUGUAUUGAGAUUUUUUAACAUUCCCUUAUCUUAAAUGUCUUUGAUUUUUCUUGUUCAUUGUGUCUCUGAAACAAACUGAUUUAAAUGGAAGGUUUUUAAUAUUUUCUCUUGGAAGGUUUUAUAUCUUUUUGGGGAAAUGGAAUAUAAGAUCUCUAAUAAAAGAUAACCUUAUGGUGA